CAGAAGCGUUGGUGAUGUCCAGUAAUGUCAGUCAUUUGGUCGCUGUCGGUCCGUGAGCAAACGAUAUGGCUUGUCGAGAGCGCCUCCUGCAUGCCUGCUUCUGUCGUCUGUGGUCAGCUAUCUGUGGACAGAGUUUUAUCCUCAUUUAUCCUGUUUAUCAUUCUGUCAGAUCUGACAACUUUCUUUGAUUUAGUUUGGCUGAGAAGGACAUCUGACUGACACUAUGAACUGUUCAAAGCCCAAUCCUAUGGUACGGUAUGUGAUACGCCGAGGAAAGAUUGAAGACUGUUCUCAGAUCUCAGUACUUAUGAAGAAACUCGCAGCGAGUGAAGACUAUGGAGAUCGGGUAGAAGUGUCUGAAGAUGAUCUUCGUCGAGAUGGGUUUGGUGAUUACCCGGUGUUUGAGAGCAUCGUCUUAGAAGACAAAGAGGCCAACGAGGAAUCGUCCAUCUUGGGUUAUGCCCUCUAUUUCAUGGGUUUCUGCUCGUGGAAGGGACGUCUUCUCUAUCUUGAAGAUGUGUACAUCAACUCAGAGUACAGAGGCACUGGACUCGGCAUCGCUCUUCUACACACAAUAGCCAAGAUUUCUGAGGAGAGAGGAUGCAAAGCUAUACAGGGUACCGUCGUUGAAUGGAACAAGGAUGUCAUGAAGCUGUAUAAACGGAUAGGCGCCACGGAUAUGACCGAAGAGGACAAAUAUCACCUAUUUGCCAUCGGCCGAAACGAGGUUAGCCGGUUCGCCAAGGCCCGGAUCCCUGUCUUAAAUAACGGAUCACAAAUUGUGACAUGUGACCUGUGACAUUAUAUUGGAACUAAUAAUAAUCUCGUAUUUCAGUUCGGAUUGUCAUGGUAGCGACACCGGCUCUUUUAUAACCGCACACUCUACCAGAUAACCGAUGUGAACCGAACAGCUGAGCAAAAGCACUGUGAUCAGCUAUGGCGGAUUUGUUCGGUUAUGCCGCCGACAUAUCAUGCCAACGAGAGAACGGUGUCGUGGAAUCGGAUACUGGCACUCGGUCACUAUACGAGACCGGUUUCCCGAUUGGACCGUCAACGAUCUAGCCGGUCCCGGAUCUAGGUGAAUUCACCGGAUUUGACUAUUACAUCGGUUCUGAACCGAUGGCAUUCACGUUCCCGCAUGGAGUUACGCAUUUUAAUUGAUACGCAACCAAGUUGGGUUGAAAACCUUGGUUGGUCAUUAAAAGCCCGGCCCAUGUCAGUCGGAAUUACGCUCAAGAACAGUAAGCCGUGUCGGGAAUCAAAUUAUGUUGACCUACAUGUACUUAACAUGUAUAGGCCUACAAAUGAAACAACAACAGUACGGAUCAUUGAUUACAACAGCAUAUUUUUUAAUCAGUUGCUUCACAAUUGCAUAAUUAUUAUUAGCAUUUUAGCUUGCUUAGUGUCAUGAAUUGAUUUUUACAGUGUUGACAUUUCUCUGAUAUAGAUUAAACAAAUUAUAUUUUUUAUUUAAAAUGUACCUAUAUAUGGACCAAUGGUGUACACAACUAGUCGAGUUAUUUGGGAGGGUCGUGUUUUCCAAAACAGAUCUGUGCGGAAACAGAAGAGGAAGUUGAAAUUUGAAAAAAGAGAGCGUAUUUUAUUGUUCGGUUACAGAAUAUGGUCCUUACUCUGUAAUAACUUUGUCAAAAAUAUAACAAAAGCUCCUGAGGUUAGAAGGGGUAGGCCUAUAGGCUCCAAAUUUUACGGAUUUUGAUUUAAUUACAGUAUGGUUAGUGACCAAACGAACGCUGGAUUUUCAAAGACAAUUAAGGGUAAACAAAUAAUUGUUUCUAUCAUAAUCAACAAAGCUCUAUACAGCCUUAAUAGCCCCACCUAAAGGACUCAACUACUUGUAUCUGGCCAGGUUCAUUUCCCAAACUGCAACAUUCACAGCAGUGUAGUCUUUUAAUACAGGCCCACUUAAAUAAUAACACACUAAUUCACUACUAAAUAAAUACAUUCAUAUUACAAUAAUUGUUACCAAGUAGCAAAUCUGGUACAUUUUCCUCUCAAAAACAAUUAAAUGAAACUACAAAUGAAUAAUAAAAUGAAAUUAUAUGCUAGUAUAUCGUCUGUUUUACUAUACUAAUAAGUUUGUAAACAAAGGUACAUCUUAAGACUAGCCAAUUAGAACAUACAGUCAAUGAGAGAUAACACAUUAUGUCGUUCAGUUCGCUCCCCUUUGAAUUAAGUUGAAUGUUGUAAAGACUUACCAAUGAUGAUGUAAAUAAUUAUUUAUUCAUAGCCACACAAUUUUACAUUUUUUUUGACACUCUGUAUAUGCAUGAACGUUGUAUAUUAUAUGUAUCUUGUAAAUUAUUUAUUGAAAUGUCUAUAUAUUUUAUUUUUAAAACAAUGCAAAUAAACAAAAAUAAAUAUCAAAUUUAUAUGA